AUGUCUAUCCUAUUCUUCUCUAUAUUUCUUUUCAUGCUCGCACCAAUGGCAAAAUCGGCACAGAAGCUGGAAGAAGUUGCUCAAAGCUAUGCACAACACAAAAGUGAAAUGAAUGCCGUCACUGAUUCGUAUAAAGGACUUCUUUCCGAAUUGGUGACAAUGCGUGUAUCGAAUGCUUUCGAAAAGACAAUCUUCACGAACAUUCAAGCACUCAUUGCACGUCUUCAAACUGAGAAAUCAAAAGAAGAAAAUCUUUUGCGUUCCAUCGAUAGUCAACGAUUGGCGAUUGCGAAUGAAAAGGAGAAUUAUGUACGCGAGAAAGAACGAGCUGGAAAUGAGAUUCGACAGUUGGAAGCACGGCUGAAUGCUUUGAAUACGAAUCUUGGCGAUUCGAAUAGUCGACGUGCUCAGCUUGAAACAGAACAUUCUGCUGCAGAAGCUGAAUACAAAAAGCAAGAGGAGAAGAGAAAGAAAAAGAGAAGAUGGCUCUUUGGUUUUGGAUUCAACUACUUUGGCUACAGGGCCACGAAAAAGCGAAUGGAUGCGCUUAAACCACGAAUUGCUCAGCUAAACGGCGAGAUCAACUCGAUGCACGCUUCGAUUGCUGCCUUGAACCAGGAAAUCAAUGCUAAAAGAAACCGGGUCGACUCGCUGAAUAAGUUCAUUUCUGAUUUUGAUACAAGUAUCUCGGUACUCUCCUCGAUUUACCAUCAAAUCAAUGAAUGGGACAAAGAGUUGAAUAGCUGGAUCAAUUAUCUAAACACGUUGAUUCCACGAGCAAUCCGUGUACAAGAAAAUAUUGAUUUUGAAGAUGAUGAGGUGAUCAAGAUGAGUCUCGAUGAGCUGAAGAAACAAAUCGAUGCGGAUCACUUAAAAACACUCAUUCAAAAAAUAACCGAUUGGCAAAAGGCUUUUCUUAUGCUUCGUGUCAAUGGCAAUAUUUAU